AUGAGCCAGCUCCUGACUUCUCGUCAAGCAGAGGAACUACACAAGUCCAUGGUCGCCUACUUGCUCUCGAUUGGCCUGACCGAAAGUGCAAAUACCCUGCGACGUGAAACGAAUCUGACCGACACAUUUGACGAUGUGACGGCCAAAAAGUAUGAGACCCUGUUGGAGAAGAAAUGGACUUCAGUUGUGCGCCUCCAGAAAAAGAUCAUGGACCUAGAAGCCAAGAAUGCCGCCCUUCAACAAGAGAUCGAGACUGCUACACCCCUCUCCAGCCGAAAGACCGACCCCCAGACCUGGUUACCCCGAGCCCCUGCCCUCCACAGCCUUCAAGGUCACCGGGAUCCUGUCACGGCCGUUGCAUUCCAUCCGAUCUUCUCCUCUCUCGCUUCGGCUUCGGAUGACUCUACGAUCAAGAUCUGGGACUGGGAAUUGGGAGAGCUUGAACGGACACUCAAAGGUCACACGAAGGCAGUGCUGGAUGUCGACUUUGGUGGUCCCAGAGGAGGCACGCUUCUGGCCAGCUGCAGCAGCGACCUCACUAUCCGGUUGUGGGAUCCCAGUGAUGAAUACAAGAACAUACGGACGCUACCGGGCCACGACCACUCCAUCUCUUCUAUCCGGUUCAUUCCUUCGGGUGCGGCUGGCGCCCCUCUGUCAGGCAACACGUUGGUAUCUGCAUCAAGAGAUAAAACACUUCGGAUAUGGGAUGUCACGACGGGUUAUUGCCUGAAAACACUCAAGGGUCACAGCGAUUGGGUUCGGGCAGUGGUCCCCUCGAUCGAUGGCAGAUGGUUGCUGAGUGCCGGCAAUGAUCAGAUACCACGGUUGUGGGAUGCCAACUCGGGCGAGGUCAAGAUCACCUUCCUGGGCCAUGAACACGUGGUGGAGUGUGUCGCCUUUGCUCCCAGCUCGUCCUACGCUCAUCUCUCUACCAUCGCCGGCUACAAGAAACCGCCUCCCGCUAGUAGCAGCGGAGAGUUUCUCGCGACGGGAGGAAGAGACAAGAUCAUCAAGAUUUGGGACAAUCGGGGAACAUGCCACAAGACUUUGGUGGGACAUGAUAACUGGGUCCGGGGGCUGGUCUUCCACCCUGCUGGCCGGUAUCUGAUCUCCAUCUCUGACGACAAAACGAUCCGAUGUUGGGACCUCUCGCAGGAGUGUAAAUGUGUCAAGGUUCUGGAGGAUGCGCACCAACAUUUCAUCACCAGUAUCCGGUGGGCUCCAGACAUUCCCACCCAACCAAGCAUGAACGGAGAGACCAAUGGCGUAGGCACUGCUGUUAAGAAGGAUGACAGUGGGGGAGGAGGCAAGAUUCGCUGUGUCAUUGCCACGGGCUGCGUGGACUGUAUCGUCCGUGUCUUUGCUGGGUGA